UGUCCCGGUUAGCUUCACAAUGUCCAUUUGUCGACUUUAGUUCCUGAGAAAUGUCAUUCUGCUAAGAAAUGGACACACAGAAAGACUAAACGACGCGCAACAGUUCAGUUUAACAGCUUUUAAUGUAUUAUUUAUUAGCGGUGUCGUUGUAGAGUUGACGCAAUGGCGUCUAUCAACACUUUUUCCGGAGUGAACGUUGUUUUGGUUAUGGCGUACGGCACCCUGGUGUUCGUGUUGCUGUUCAUCUUCAUGAAGAGGCAGAUCAUGCGCUUCGCCAUGAAGUCCAGGAGAGGCCCCCACGUGCCGCUGGGACACAACGCACCAAAAGACCUGAAGGAGGAGAUUGAACUCCGGCUGUCCAAGGUGCAGGACAUCAAGUAUGAGCCUCAGCUGCUGUCUGAGGGCGAUGAGAGGCUGCAGCAGCUGCAGGAACCGGGCAGCCCGUGUUGUUUUAACUAUCUGUACAGAAUGAGAGCUCUGGAUGCCAUCAGGACCUCGGGUAUUCCUUUCCGUGAAGUCUGUAAAAACCCCAAGUCUCUGACGGGCAGGAAUUUCCGGAGUUUCCUCCUGGAUCUGCGGAACGCCAGCUCUCCUUUCCGGGGAGUCCAAAAGAACCUGAUCGACACCCUGCUGGACGGGUAUGAGUCCGCACGCCACGGAACCGGGGUUUUUGGAGAGACGGAAUACCUGAAGUACCAGGAUGCACUGAACGAGCUGGCCGCAGUGGUGACGGCACGCAGGACCUCCAGCAGCGGACACAAGCAGCCCCCACCCGCCCCGACCCUGGAGCACAGCACCCCCCCAGAGACCCCCCCUCCCUCCACCAUCCAGGUGACAUACCUGCCCUCCAGCCAGAAGAGCAAGAGACCCAAACACUUCCUGGAGCUGAAGAGCUUCAAAGACAAAUACAACACGCUGGAGAGCACGCUGUAGAGAAAGGAGGAGAGGGAGAAUGGACUGGGGAGAAGGAGAAGGAGAAUGGACUGUGAAGGAGAGGAGGGGAGGGGGAAUGGA